CCCCUCUCCCCCUCCUUCAGAGUCAUUUAAACCUCGCUGGGGCUUUUAACAGAAACCUGCUCCCAAGACCUGCAUUUCAUUCUGCCACUAAGAUGAGCACCAGCCGGCCGGGCUCGGAGCCGGACUUCGCCUGGCCCUGGCCCGCCCCCGCCGGGGUUUCCAAGGAGACUUGGGCCGCCUGCGCCGCGGAGGAGGCUCGGGCAGCGGGGGAGCGCGCUGCGGCGGGGGCCGGGCCGUACCCCUCCAGCCUGCUCCCCGCGGGACAGCCCUGCGCCGCGCAGCUCGGCGCCCAGGAGAGCUCGGCGUGGCGGGGGGACCAGCUGUCCUCGCAGCUCUACAGAAACAAGCAGCUUCAAGAUACCUUGCUUCAGAAGGAAGAGGAACUUGCUAGGUUACAUGAAGAAAAUAAUAAUCUCCGACAAUACCUGAAUUCUGCCCUGAUUAAAUGUUUAGAAGAAAAAGCCAAGAAACUACUAUCCUGCCAUGGCCAAAAAAACUGUGCUGUCCUCAAAAGCACCAAGAGGAGAUUAAAAGAGGACCACUGCUUUGUUCCUCAAGAAACUCCUCAUGCAUCCAAAGCUAGAAGGAGCCUCUUCAAUGAAUUCACUGCCUGUGAAGAGCAAGCCAGCCCUGCUGUGGACAGCUGGGUCUUGCAGACUUUAGGAUUAAAAGAUGUCAACACUAUUGAUGAAACUUCAGCUAACUACAGUGCCCUAUCCUCAAACCUUGGAAAAGACACAUACUACCUGAGUCCUGGUGCAGAAAUAGACUAUGACAACAGUGAAGGAGUGGCAGCAGCGUAUAGCUGUGGUCACGUGCCUCCAGCUGACAGCAGUACCCGUCCAUGCAGUGAAGACUCUCCCUUUAUUCCUCAGUUUUCUUCAGUGCCAUGUGUCUCUUCAUCAGUACCAAGUGCUUCCUCCCUGCCAGCCUAUGGGUUGCCUUAUCUGACUGGCAAUUUGUCACCCAACAAAACAGAAGUGGCCUUCACAACAUCUCUAAGUCCUCACCGCAAUGUGAGAACUCACACUUUCCACCAAGGACAAGCCUUUGUGUGCAGGGAUGAUGAUGGAGGAUGGAGAUUUACGUGGGUGCCCAAGCAGGCUGAAUAAUGCAUCUGCAUCAAGGGUCAGCCAUAGGGUAUGUAGGAAACAGACACUUCAUCUUGUGCUUGAGACAGGUUCAGUUAUCGAAAAUGAGCCCUUUCUGGUCUCUGUUAAGUGCUACUCUGUCAUCUGCUUCCCUCCCAGAUUUUCACAGGUGUGGUUCCAGAUUGCACUUAUUAAUAAUUACUUAUCUGCUGCAGGCCAGAUGUACAAUUUAGAUACUCCCAUUUUGCCUGUGUUGAGAUACCUGCUUUUACUUGUUUCGUGUUUUUUUCUGCUGUCAGCUAUUCCUUGUUAACUGGUAGUUUCCAGGCUGGAGUACUUUCAGCUUUGAUGAUCAUUCCCACGUGCAUCAAACUUGAAAGCGUUUUGGGAAUACGGUUUGGAAAUACCACCUCUCUCACAAGUAACCACAGCUGACAAAGGAGGCAUAGGUUGGAGGCUAAGGAUCAGCAGUUUCUAAGUGAUUUGUGUCUCUUGGCUAAUCCAAAUUGCCUUGGAUGAAGACAGCCAGGAGUAUAUGUUUAUGUGCUACACUAGGCUGACCUGCCUGCAGUCACAUGGUGCUGUCAUAUUCUUCGAUAAUGCCUGGAAGCAAACAGGUUUGUUUCUGUUGCCUGGAGGCUACUUACUAACAAGUGAUUUAGCAAGUUCAGGGGAUUUUAAGAGACUAAUGUGUUUGCUACACUGUGUAUUAAAGGUAUUUUAUCUGUCAGAUAAAAUGAGUUUAAAAAUUUGAACUCUGGAAUGGGAACUAGAAUUGGAGAUGCUGUAACGAUACUGCCAUCACCAGCCAAGGCCCUGGCCCAAUAUAUUAGCAGCAGAAAUUUUCCUGCCUCUAGGUAAUGUACACUAAGAGCACUCUUUCUUCCGUGAAGGAUAUCUUCCCCUUGCCUGCAGCAUCCCACUAGUCUUUUGAUGGAUUUUCUUCCAUGUUUACCUACCUGACGUUGGAAGCCCUCGUAAAAAGGAGCCACUCCUGGCUUCAUAAGCAAUUUCUGUGGCUUCAGUGGGGCUUUUUUUGCAACAUCAAGAACUGCGCUUUUAAAACUGGACAUUUUCUUUCCAAGAAACAAUUUAUUGACCUCUUUUUCCUCAUCUCUGAGAGCACGCAGAUUUAUCUGCAAUCAACAUCAGCCCAGAGUCAGGGCUGCUUCUUCCUGCUCUGCUAACCCCAUUGUUCCUAUGGGAAAUGUUUCUCCUGGUUUGGGGAGGCAGUAUCACUCAGUGGUUAGUGAGUCUUUAAGAACAACGGCCUUCAACAUCAGCUCUUGCCUCUCCAUGUCUCUGUCAGGCUGUGGUGGGCUGAAGCUAUGAUCAUCACUGCCUUGAGAAUGCUUUAAAAAUCUCUGGAGAUAAGGUGCUCUAGAACUGCACAGGGCUUCCAGUAACAUUACUAAUGACAUGAAGUCAACUGACAUGAAGUAAGCUCACCAGCAAUUUUUUGUGUUACCUUUGUUUUCUGCUUUACAAUAGUUUGAUACGUAAGUAUUGGAAAUAGAGUGAUUUGGUUAUUCUUGCUUUCAGAAUGGUCCCAGCGACUUAAAGGAAGUACUUACGUGAUUAAAAAUAUGUGAAGAUUUCAGUCUAGUGACUUGUUUUCCUGUAGAAAACUGUAUAUUCUUUUAUUUUUAGAAGAUAAGAGUAUCUUCUAAAUAGCCUCUUGUACCUUAGAAUUGCAGUAUUUGGGAUUCUCCACCAGGAGUAGUGAUUUCCCAAAAGAUUUUCAAAUAAACUCAGUGUUUCUGGGUAGUUGUUUUAAAGACAUAGGGCAGAUUUCCAGAUUAGGCAAUUUGAAAGCGUUGAUUGCAGGCAUUAUUGCACUGGAUUUAAACAAACAAACAAAUCAACAACAGAAAAAAACCAAAUUAUGCACAUGGAAUAAAUACAAAUACUUGUUUGGGGGUUCUGUUGCAGUCAGUAAAAUCAUGGCAGAUGAUGAAGACCAGUCAGACAAGACUGCUGUUUUUAUACCACUUUUCUGCUUUUCAAUGAAAGCAGAAGAAGAAUCCUAUCCUAAAAACAACUAAUUUCUUUCCAGGGCACUUCUUUUCUACUCAUGUCUUCCUGCCCUACUAUAUAAGGUAGCAUUGAAGACAGUACUCCUGUCGCUGGAGAUUUUAUUGGUGUGUGUGGCAGUGUAGAAAAUGCCUGACCUUAACAUGAAUAUGUGAUGGGAGACCCUGGUAUGUGUGGUGUGGGUGGUGAACAAUAUGCAAGAAAUAGACAGUGUGGCCAGAGGAUUGCACCCAAGGCAGCUGUAAAACAUAAGUAGAAAAAGAUCCGUGUUUUCUAAUUCUACUGAAUGGUGUUAUGUGUGGAUUUCAAUACUAUGGACUCAGCAGCAAUAAUAAGUACAUUUGUUCCAUCAGCAAAUAUUAUAUCUGCAUUUUUUUUUCCUCUAAAGAGAGGAAAAAAGCUUUCUACCUGUUUGACAUUUCCUUUCUGCAUUUUUAUAUCACUGCAUGUGAGAACUUCUCCUGCAAAGACCCAGAACAAAUGUAUCAGAUCUUUGGUACAAUCUCAGAGUAGGGUUUCAGUAGGAACAAACCCUUGCUUGAACCUUUGCCAGCCUUUUGUAAAGGGGUGACUGGCCCCUUGUCUCAUAGCAAAUAAAUUAUAGAUGUAAGUGAAUAGCUCAAUGAAUAAUUUACCUGAAUG